AUGUCUAGAUUAGCGCUCACCGAGCGCCUCAACCAGCCCAUGCGACAGCCAAAAGAGCUUCUAGCAUAUACUGCUGAUGGGCCCAAAGUAUACCUUGAUGAUAGAGCUCUCCGUUACCACUAUUUUCCAAGAGCUGAAUGGCAGCGUGGGUUGAAUCUUGGGACAGGAUUCGAGCAGUACAAAGAGAAAAAUGAAACAGGAAUACAUCUUGAUAGUAUAUUGACUGCCCUUAUCGAGCACGAGCGCCAAAAGGGUCGUGUAGAUGCGAAAAUUAUCACGUGGAGGGGUGUUUUAACAAGAAUUAUCUCGCUCUGCAAAAGCCCAGAAGAAGAUUUGAGCUUCAACGUCACAGGUUUCGAUGGCCAAGUAUUUAUUGAGUAUGACGAGGAACAUGAUCGGCAGAAAAAAGCGCAAGAAAAGCCAUUCCCUAUGGGCAAAAAAUUCGGGUAUACUGGCUACUGCUUCGAGAAGUUUGCAACACUUCCCAAACCUUGGGGCGAAUGUACAAGAGCUGAGAUCGAGGGAAGGUACAAGGGUACAGCUUCUCAUGGGCUAGAAUAUUGUACUCUUGUCCGGUCCGGAGUCGGUUCGAUCAAAGUUGUUUACGCCGGGGAGGUCGACAGUGUAGAAGGUGAGAAGGACCCCAAGGAUCCACUUGGCCGGUACGUCGAGCUUAAAACUGCUUCUGCGAUAAAGCACAUCAAACAGGCAGAAAGGUUUGAGGACAAACUGUUUCUCUCAUGGCUUCAGAGUUUCCUGGUCGGUACACACAAGGUAGUGUAUGCAUUCCGUGAUCGUGACCUGAGAAUAACUGCUGUCGAGGAGUACAAGACAGAUAAAAUUCCCAGCCUAGUAAAGAAUUCGAAAAUUAACCCCACACCCCGCUGGAAUGGCAAUGAUGCUAUAAGUUUUUAUGCCGUCGUCCUCUCCUGGAUAAAGGACACCGUUGAGGAUGGUAAAACGUACAAGUUGAGGCACACACCGAAUAGCCAGUUUCUAGAACUGGUACCUUCCGACUACUCUUUGCCUGACCGAAAAGUCUCGUUUCUCCUGCCUGAGUUUGUAGAAUGGCGUGAGAGUCAAACAAAAUAA